AAAUAAUCUUUGGCAUAUACACACACACACACAAAUAUAUAUAUAUAUAGAGAAAGAUAUAGAGAUAGUUAAUGUACAUAUAGAAGAAUAUAAAACAAUGUCUACUUAUAAUACAACAUCACUCAGUUUUACCACAUCAACUAUUACCAAUGACAUAAUAUCGCCUACUACAUCAUCCUCUAUUUCCAAUAAUACAACUAUUUAUUCUAGUAUAUCAUCAUCUGAUUCUACUUUUAUAGCUACACCAACUACUACUACUACUACUGCUAUUACUUCAACUGCAGGACCUUCAACUUCACAUAUUCCCGGACUCGAUAUCCCUUUUACUAGUGAUGGGGCUAAAAAAUACCUUGAAGAUGCCAGACACACCUCAGAUAUCGGUUCACAAUUCACAAUUUGUUUUAUCGUUGGUCUUAUUUGUUUUCUAGUAUUUUGUUUUUUUCGAACAAGGGUACCAGUUUUAUUUUCUCCUCGUUCAAAUAUGAAACGACAUAAACCGCCUGAACUUCCUAAUACAUUUGUUGGCUGGAUUUGGCCGUUAUUAAAAAUUAAUGAUGAAGAAAUGCUAUCCAAUGUCGGCUUAGAUGCUUUACUGAUGCUAAAAUUUAUCACCAUGAGUAUUAAGAUAUUUGGUAUUUGUACUUUAUUUGGUCUUACCAUCUUUGUCCCCAUUACUAUGACCUCAGAUAUAUCCCAUUUGGGAGCUAAUAUAACAGCGAUUGACCGAGUCUCGAUUACUGCCAUCGAAGAGGGCUCUAAUAAGAUCAUUGCUUAUCUUGUCUUUGCAUACAUCUUCACCUUUAUCACAUUUUUCUUUUUAAACCAAGGUUAUAACGAUUAUGUGUAUCUGAGAGCAAAAUACGUGUUAUCUCAAUCAAGAUCACUUGUAGCGAGAUCGAUCAUUGUGACAGGCAUACCAAAGGAGUUACGAUCUGAUAGGGCAUUGGCUAAUUAUUAUGAACAGUUGGGUAUAGGUCGUGUUGAGAGAUGUUAUGUGGUUAGGACUGUGCAUCGCCUAAAUACUUUGAUUAAAAGGAGAGCGCAGGCAUUAAAUAAACUGGAAGAAGCCUAUGCUCGCUACUGGGGGAACCCUUGCAAGAUUUCUGGAUAUGAUCCGGAUCGAAUCUUGGAUGAUGCCGACAUGUAUAAAAGAGUAUUAGAAUUAGCUGAUAAACGACAAAAGACAUCAUACGAUAAGACAUUCUUUAAGGGGUUAAUAGAACCAUCUUUAGGGAAAACAGUAGAAAAGACCCGUCAUCAGAGACCUAAAGUGCGUAUUGGUGGACUGCUAGGAAUUGGUGGUAAAAAAGUAGAUGCAAUUGAAUACUAUACAAAGUUAUUUGAUGAUUUAGAUCAAACUGUCAUAGAAUGUAGACAGACACCCUAUUAUGAAAUGACAAAUGUAGGAUUUGUUACUUUUGAAGAUAUAAAUAGUGCGAUUAUUGCUUCACAAAUCGCUAUUAACCCAAGACCUUUCACAUGUCGAACAAGUAUGGCUUGUGAGCCUAGGGAUGUUCUUUGGAGCGCAAUUGCUAUUCGAGGCCGAGAAAGAAUUAUUCGUGAGAUAAUUAUUUGGACCAUAACCGUGCUACUUUGUCUAACUUGGUUCAUCCCUGUGGGUGCAGUUUCUUCCUUGUUAAGUAUUGAUACUAUAAAGAGAUUGAAUUCAAGAUUGGGCGAAAAGCUUGAAAACAAUCCUGUUACUAAGCUGGUCCUUGGAUCCUUUGUGCCUCCCUUGAUUCUUAACAUCUUUACAUCUGUUUUACCCAUCUUUUUUGAUAGCAUGGGAUACAUUCAAGGGUUAAGAUCACGGAGUGCAAUAGCAGAAUCUACUCUUAGCAAACAAUAUUUUUUCCUGAUCUUUUUUACACUAAUUUUUUAUUCUGUUGUGGGUACAACUGUUAUGACCCUAGUUACUGAUUUUACUAACAAUCCGAAAGAAAUCCCAACCUUUCUUGCUAAUGUUUUACCUUCUCUUGCACCUUUUUUCAUCAAUUAUACCAUUUUACAGAGUUUUUUAGUUAUGCCUUUAAACUUAUUGUUAUUGGGUGCAAUCAUCAUUCGUGGCUUUAAUCAUCUUUUUAUUUGCAAAACCCCUCGACAGCAUGCCGAAAAUCGAGCACCUUGGGCUUUUAAUUAUGGCAUUGGAUAUCCAGUUCCUCUUUUAGUCUUUGCCAUUGUCUUUGAAUACUCACUCAUUUCUCCUCUUGUUCUCUUAUUUGGUACAGUUUACUUUUGUUUUACCUUUGUUGUUUAUAAAUACCAAUUUCUAUAUGUUUAUUUUAGGCCUUAUGAAGCAGCAGGCAAAUUAUGGACAAUGGUUAUUCCACGUAUCAUUUUUACACUUGUUCUAUUUCAAUUAACUAUGAUGGGCUUGUUUUUAUUAAGAGGAUCUUAUAUUUUGGGCGGUUUAAUUGUGCCUCUGAUCUUUUUUACUUUUUUAUUUCGAUACAUUUUAAACAGGGCUUACGAGCGCAAUGCAUUUAAUUUGCCAAUAGAGCUUUUGGUCAAUUACAAAAGAGAUAAAAAGAAUAUACACAGCAAUGGUGAUGACUCCUCCUCCUCCUCCUCGUCUUCUUCUUCUUCUGAUAGUGAGGAUGAAAGAUCUCUGACUACUUCUCAACAGCUGAACCUUGAAGAAAAAAAUAGAUGGAAACGAGCUGCGAUCUCUGCUGUCCAUCUUAAAGAUGAUAACAUGACAGAAAAAAAUCUCGUCCGUCCUCAUCAUCGUAAGGUUAUAUUGGAUGAAGACGAUUAUGAAGCAACGCCCGAUGCUCUGACAGAUUACCGACAACCACCUAUGAAACUGAACUCAGGCAUUUUAGACGCUGGAUUAAAGAGAUAUGGUAAUCCGUUAUUGGUUGGUGUUUUACCACAACUUUGGUUACCGGUUAAGAUACCUGAUAGUGAUCAACAACAACAACAGCGUUCUAAUAAUAAUUAUCAUAAAAAUGAUGGAGGACGUCUUGCACAACAUCUUGCUGAAAUCUUGAGAAAAGUUGAACAUGAAAAAGCAGUAGAGCAGCAACAACAAGAAGGAGACAACGACAAUAAUGAGGAUACAAUGAUAAAAAAGGCUAGAAUAGCAGCACAUCAGAAUGCAGCUUCUAUUGUAGCGAAGACUCCGCAAUCCAAAACUACAACCUUUCAAUCCUUGUUUAGACGAUGUGUAUUUAAACAACAUCAAGAGACAAACAAAGAUAUUGAAGGAGCAUCUUCUAUCAUUGAUUUGAUACCUACACAUGAAUCUUCUAGUAGAAGUAGUAUACAUCAGACCUAUUAUCAUCAUCGAAAAUCUCAUGUUGCACGUUCAUUAGAUUUGGAAAAUAGACCUGAUAUGAUUAAAGACACUAUCAUAUCAGCGAGUUCACCUGCUAUUCUAAAAGACUCAUAAAUUGUAUACAGAUUACUCCUUUUGUAAAAAAAAAAAUGCUGUUCUUU